CUGAGGUUCCGACUGGCGAGAAAAAAGUACCCAAAAACUUUUCUUGAGUAGAUUCUUGGAUCUGAAAUGGGCACCAGAUUGAUGUGGCUGUCCCUUGCGUUGUCAGUGGCGUUUUCCACUGGGCAAGACGCAGGGACCACAGUCUCAAAGGAGGACAUCCCAGAGGGCGCAUCCACCCUGGCAUUUGUCUUUGAUGUGACCGGCUCCAUGUACGACGACCUGGUCCAGGUCAUCGAGGGUGCUUCCAAGAUUUUGGAAACAUCCCUGAGUAGACCGAAGAGACCUUUGUAUAACUUUGCCCUGGUCCCCUUCCAUGACCCAGAAAUUGGACCUGUAACAAUCACAACAGACCCAAAGAAGUUCCAGUAUGAGCUGAGAGAGUUGUAUGUUCAGGGAGGUGGGGACUGUCCAGAGAUGAGCAUUGGCGCCAUUAAAAUUGCUCUGGAGAUCUCCUUGCCAGGAUCCUUUAUUUACGUCUUCACCGACGCCCGUUCCAAAGAUUACAAGCUAACCCAUGAAGUCCUUCAGCUCAUUCAGCAGAAACAGUCACAGGUGGUGUUUGUGCUGACGGGAGACUGUGAUGAUAGGAGUCAUGUCGGUUACAAGGCCUAUGAGGAGAUCGCCUCCACCAGCUCUGGACAAGUCUUCCAUCUAGACAAGAAACAGGUCAAUGAGGUCCUGAAAUGGGUGGAGGAGGCCGUACAGUCCUCGAAGGUCCACCUGUUGUCCACUGAUCACUUCAGUGGGGUCAGCAACACUUGGCAGAUGCCCUUUGACCCCAGCCUCAAGGAAGUCACUGUGGCCCUCAGCGGCCCAGCACCAAACAUUGAGAUUAUAAAUGCCCAAGGGAAGGUCGUGGGGAAGAGUGAGGGUCUGACUGAGCUCUUAAAUAUUCCCAACUCUGCCAAGGUUCUCAACAUCAAGGACCCACAGCCUGGGAUGUGGACUAUCAAGACCUCUAGUGAAGGAAGACACUCAGUCCGUAUCUCAGGUCUCAGUACAAUUGACUUCCGUGCCGGGUUUUCCAGGAAACCCACCCUGGACUUCAAAAAGACCAUCAGUCGGCCAGUUCAAGGUAUACCCACCCACAUCCUGCUGAAUACCACCGGGCUUUCUCCUCCUGCUCGGGCAGACAGGCUAGAGCUCCUGUCAAUUUCGGGGAAUGUGAUCAAAACUUUGCCAAUCCGCUACUACCCCGAUCGUCAGCCAUAUGGCCUCUGGAACAUCACAGAAUUUAUUCCACCAAAUGAAGCUUUCUUCCUGCGGGUGACAGGAUAUGAUCGGGAUGGAUUUGUUUUCCAGAGAGUCUCCAGCGUUUCGUACUCCAGUAUAGUACCUGAUGCCCCCAAAGUGCUGAUGCCAGCCACCAGUCAUGGUUACUACCUCCAGAGAGGGGCUGUUAUCUGCCAGGUAGAGAGCCUGAUCCCCUUCACUCUGCGCUUCAGUAGAGAUGGGAGACGACUUGGGGUGGAUCAGCUGUUCAGCGAGUCUGACAAGGCAUCAUGGGAAAUUGCCCAGGUGACUUUGAAGGAUGAAGGCUACUACGAGUGUAUUGCUAUCAAUAGUGCUGGGACAGGACGAGCUCGCACCUUCCUGGAUGUAUCAGAGCCGCCUCCUGCCAUCACAGUCAGUGGCAAUGUAACCGUUUCUCCUGGCUCCAGCGCUGUCCUCACCUGCCAUGUUGUCAGCACAGUCAGCUUCAACCUGACCUGGCUGAGAGGAGGCCACGAUGCCCGUCUAGACCCACAGGUGCAAGUCUUGACCAACCUCUCGCUACAGCUGUCGGCCGUGACUCCAGAUCACUCUGGCUGGUAUGAGUGCCACGCCAUAAAUGAAGGAGGGGUGACAGCAGAGCGAGUCUACCUGGUUGUGCAAGAGGUGCCCAGGGUUUCAGUGGAGCCUCGGAAUCAGACUUUUACAACAGGAGAAGAAGUGAAGAUCAGAUGCUCAGCUAGUGGCUACCCUCCACCCCGCCUGGUCUGGACUCACAACGACAUGUUUAUCAUGGCAUCAAGCAGACAUAGGAUGACUCCUGAUGGCACGCUGUUUAUAAGAAACAUGGAGAAGAAGGACGGAGGGGUGUAUGGCUGCCUGGCCAGCAAUCAGGCUGGAACAGACACAAUGACCUCCAUCCUCACUUACAUCGAGUCUCCUGUGGUGACAGUGGCUUUGAGUGAGAUUCUCAUCGGCAUUGGAGAAACCACUGUGAUGGCCUGUUCUGCAUCUGGAAUCCCUCAGCCUGAGAUCUGGUGGUACAAAGGGGAUGUUCAGCUGCAUUCAUCGUCAUUGUUGGACACAGACACAUUAGGAGGGACACUGACCAUCAAAAGGACCCAGGAAGUUGAUGCUGGAGACUACACCUGUGUGGCUGUCAACGAUGCCGGCACCUCGUCAGGAAAGAUCUCUCUCGAUGUAGGAGCCGCACCCAAGUUCACACGUGAGCCAUCAGAUGUGGCAGUGGACAUCGGCUCCAAUGUGACCCUGCUGUGCCACGCCCAAGGUUACCCAGAACCACAGGUCACCUGGAGGAGAGAGGACGGUUCACCCAUUUUCAACAAGCCCAAUCGACAUAGCACUAUCACCCAGAGUAGAGGAGGUCUACAUAUCACCAACCUGUGGGUUGAGGAUGAGGCGGUAUAUGUCUGUGAAGCUUUCAAUCAUUUUGGCAAGAUCCAGACCCAGGCCAGCAUCACUGUGACUGGACUAGUCUCGCCUGUCAUUGCGAUGAGUCCGACUGUGCUCAGUGUGAUCGAGGACCAGCAGGUGACUUUGCCCUGUGUGCUGCUGGCUGGAAAUCCACUGCCUGAGAGGCAGUGGCUACACAACUAUGGCAUUGUGACUUCCGACCAGUAUCUGACUGUGAGGAGGGAUGGUAGUCUGCACAUUGAGAGAGUUCGGCUGGACGAUGCGGGUGACUACACCUGCCUGGCUGAGAAUGUUGUUGGGGCCACCAACCAUACCACCACUGUCAGCGUCUAUGUGAUUCCUACCAUCCAGUAUGGUCCGCAAGUGUUCAGCACUAUUGAGGGAAGACCCAUCUCUCUGGCCUGCCGAGCCAGUGGAGUGCCCACCCCUGAGAUCACCUGGUCUAAGGGUGGGGAGCUGCUGUACAUGGGUGGUCCGGCCUUUUCCCUGGAUUCUGACGGCAGCUUGCUCAUCACCUCGCCCUCUGGAAAUGAGACUGGAGAGUUCAUCUGCACGGCUACCAAUGCUGCCGGCUACGCCUCCAGGAAGGUUCAGCUCACUGUCUAUGUCCGUCCUAGAUCUGGUACAAAUAUUGGUGGUCCUAGAGGCACCACAGAGCCAUCCAAGAUGUCAGUGAUUGAGGGUGAAGAUGCUAUUUUGCCAUGUGAGGUCCACAGUGUCCCCCCGCCCACCAUCAGCUGGGCCAAAGAGAGGCAGCUCAUCUCACCUUACUCCCCGAGGCACACUCAGCUUCCCUCUGGCUCAAUGAAGAUCUUGGAGACCAGAGUGUCAGACAGUGGGCUGUAUGUGUGUGUUGCCUCCAACAUUGCUGGCAACCUGACACAAUCCAUUCAGCUGAGUGUUUUGGUGCCACCUAGUAUCCAGGCCGGCCCCAGGGUCAUGAAGGUACAGGUGGGUCACCAUGUGGAGCUGCCAUGUGUAGUGCGAGGAGUCCCAGAGCCCACCAUCACCUGGACAAAGGACGGUAAGAGGUAUCCAGUGUCAUCUGACGGCAGCCUAGCAUUUAGCCACGUGCAGCUGGAAGAUGGAGGAACUUACACCUGUAAUGCAACCAACACUGCAGGCAAAGACGAAGCUCGGAUUCAGCUUCAAGUGCAAGUGCCUCCUGUGGUCGAGGUACUUGAGCCUCCUUUCAAUAGUCCUCUGCAGGAGAGAGUUGCAAACCAACGUAUUGCCUUCCCCUGCCCUGCUAAAGGUCUUCCCAAACCAGUGAUUCGGUGGUCGCGUAAUGGCCAGGAGCUGACUGGUAAUGAGCCGGGUGUGUCCAUCCUGGAGGAUGGUACACUGCUGAUUUUGGCCUCUGUGUCACCACUGGACAAUGGAGAGUAUGUCUGUGCUGCUGUCAAUGAUGCUGGAUCCACUGAGAGGAAGUACCAGCUCAAAGUCAAUGUACCCCCAGAUUUCCGUGGCGGUGAAACGUCAGGCAACGUUACCGUGGUACUGAGCCAGCCUACCACCUUGGUGUGUGAUGUCACAGGAAGUCCAACCCCAGUCAUCACCUGGUACAAGGAUGGGACUCCUGUAGUUGCUAGUAACAGUGUCCAAAUUCUUGAUAUGGGGAAAACCUUGAAACUACUGAACGCAGCCACAGCAGACGCAGGCAGCUACAGUUGUAAAGCCAUCAAUAUUGCUGGCAGCACAGAAAAAGACUUCUACCUGGAUGUACUGAUUCCACCAACCAUUGAAGGGUCAGGCUCUCCCCAAGAUGUUUCAGCUAUUCUCAAACAGAAGAUCAGUCUAGAGUGCAAGGUGCAAGGAGUGCCCUUUCCCACAAUCCAGUGGUACAAGGACAGGAAACUGGUGUUUCUUGGUGAUCCUAAUCUGGAGGUCAUUAAUAAGGGUCAAGUUUUGAGGAUAAAAAGUGCUCGUCUCGGGGACCAGGCCAGGUACCAAUGUAGUGUCAUGAAUACAGCUGGAAAACAGUCCAAAGACUUCAUCCUCAGUGUCUAUGUUCCCCCCUCCAUCAAAGGUGGUAACUUAACUACAGAGGUCACAGCGCUACUGGACACAAUGGUGACACUGGAGUGUGAGGUACGUGGAGUGCCACUUCCCACCAUCACCUGGUACCGAAAAGGAGAGGCCAUCCUGUCCAACCGACAGGCUCAGUACGUAGAGCGAGGCCAUUACCUGAAGAUCCCUCGGGCUCAGGCAUCAGAUGCAGGCCAGUACACCUGCAAGGUGACCAGUGUGGCUGGAAGUGCUGAGAAGAACUAUGAGCUGGACGUCUACUUGCCUCCUAGCAUUGCAGGGGGAGAUGACGGACCCACAGAGAGGAAAGUGGUCCUCAGUAAGCCUCUGAUCCUGGAGUGUGAAGCUGGCGGCUACCCUACCCCUUCUCUCACUUGGCUGAAGGAUGGAGUUCCUGUGCGUGAUGGUGAAAGUGUCCGAGUCAUCGAUCAAGGGAAGAAAAUUGAAAUUCUCUCAGCCACAGUCUCAGACUCGGGACGUUACGUCUGCGUGGCAACCAGCAUUGCUGGGGAGAAGGAGGUCAAGUACGACGUCAGAGUUUUAGUGCCUCCUUUUAUUGACGGGGGAGGUGAUGUGACAGACAGCACAGUGAUAAUCAACAGUCCUCUGGAGCUGGAGUGUCACGCCACGGGAACACCUGCACCUUCAAUCACGUGGUAUAAGGAUGGAAAACCAGUCAGGCAGGGUGAAGGGUUGCGUGUUGCAUCCAACGGGCGGCGACUGGUCGUUUCCCGUGCUCAGGUCUCUGACACAGCUCGGUUUCAGUGUGUGGCCACCAAUGAAGCAGGAGACCACGAGAGGGACUUCAAUGUGGUUGUCCACGUUCCUCCAUCCAUUCGCACCACUGGGCCUGCUGAGCGUGCAGUGGUCCUUCACAAACCCAUCAGUCUGGAGUGUAUCUCCAGUGGCAUCCCCCCUCCCAGCAUUACCUGGCUUAAAGAUGGCCGACCUGUUGACACAACACAGGAGCACCUUAAGCUGGAGUCUGCAGGCAGAAUGCUAAAGGUCACUGAAGCAAGACUAGAGGAUUCUGGGAGAUACACCUGUCUGGCCACCAAUGCAGCUGGUGAAGCUCAACAGCACAUACGGCUCAGUGUCCAUGAGCCUCCCACUAUUCGCAACUCUGGAGAGAUUAUUAACCAGACCAUCCUGUCAGGCUUUCCCACUGAGCUUGAAUGCAAGGCCACAGGCAGCCCAUUACCUGCUAUUACUUGGUACAAAGAUGGCCGGCCUCUUACAAGUGCAGCUGGGGUGACUAUACUGAAGCGAGGUCAGGUGCUGGAGAUUGAACGGGCUCAACUGUCAGAUGCUGGGAUGUACAGAUGUGUAGCCGUCAACAUGGCUGGAGUUGCAGAGAUAUUCCACAGCCUGCAGGUGUUCGUGCCUCCGGUCAUCUCCAGCCGAGGUGGGACAGUAACAGUGGUGGUGAAUGAGGCUGGCAAGCUGGAAUGUGAGGCCACUGGUGUUCCCUUACCCAGCCUCACAUGGCUCAAAGAUGGCAGCCCUGUGGCAAGUGUAUCCCAUGGCAUACAGGUGUUGUCUGGUGGCAGAGUGCUCUCUCUGAGCAGUGCACAGGUUAGCGAUACAGGCAGGUACACCUGUGUGGCCGUCAACGCCGGUGGAGAGCAACACAGAGAAUACGACCUGAGGGUUUAUGUGCCGCCUAACAUCAAGGGUGAGGAGGUGAAUGCCACAGUAAUGCUCGGCCGUCCAGUGGAGUUGCACUGCCAGAGUGAUGCAAUCCCUCCACCCACCCUGUCCUGGCGCAAAGACGGUCGCCCGCUGUUCAGGAAACCUGGCCUGACUGUGUCAGAAAAUGGGAGUCUGCUCAAGAUCGACAGUGCCCAGGUGCAGGAUUCAGGCAGGUACACAUGUGAAGCCACCAAUGUUGCUGGCAAGACAGACAAAAACUACAACCUGAAUGUCUGGGUUUAUCCCAGUAUCCGUGGCUCAGAGGAGGUGUCUCCACUCACAGUGACUGAAGGAAGUCUCAUCAGUCUGGUGUGUGAAUCCAGUGGCAUACCGCCACCCAGUCUUACCUGGAUGAAGGAUGGUAAGUCUUUGAAAUCUGACCAACGGCUCAGGGUUUUGUCAGGAGGUCGCCAGCUGCAGAUCUCCAGUGCAGAAAGGACAGAUACAGCCUCCUACACCUGCACAGCCUCCAGUGCAGCUGGCACCACAUCCAAGGAGUACAGCCUGCAAGUUUAUGUCCACCCUUCCAUCAGACGCAGCGAGGGUGACACAAAUGACAUCAUUGUGACAAAGGGAGGUGAUGUGACGCUGCAUUGUGCUGCGGAGGGCGUGCCCCGACCAGCGAUCAGCUGGCUGAAAGAUGGACGGCCUAUCACAGGCCAGCAUGGAGCUAAGGUUCUGAAUGAGGGGAGGCUGUUACAGAUUAAAGAUGCUAAGGUGUCGGACACAGGACGCUACACCUGUAUUGCUGUUAAUGUGGCAGGGCAGGCUGACAGCAAGCAUGACAUCAGUGUACACGUCCCACCUAAUAUCAUUGGUCAGAUACAGUUUCCAGAAAAUGUGAGUGUUGUUGUGAAGAACCCAGUUGCUCUGAGCUGUGAGGCUUCCGGCAUCCCUCUUCCUGCUAUCACCUGGCUGAAGGAUGGUCGGCCAAUCAAAGGGACCAGCUCAGUGCGAGUCCUCUCAGGGGGACGCAGCCUGCGUCUAAUGCAUGCUGCAGUAGAGGAUUCUGGGAGGUACACCUGCAUUGUGUCUAACAGCGCUGGAGAAAAAAGGAAGAACUUUGACCUUGAUGUCCUCGUUCCACCAACCAUCAUGGGCGAGGGAACUGUGGUCGAUACUAAAGUCAAGGAGAAACACAACAUUACUCUCACCUGUGAGACCUCAGGUAACCCCGUACCAGAGAUUAAAUGGCUGAAAGAUGGACAGCAACUGGUGCCUGACAGGCGACACCAAGUGUUGUCUCAUGGUCGUUUCCUCCAAAUUUCUGGUGCCCAAGUUGCAGACACCGGCAGGUACAGCUGCUUGGCAUCUAACAGUGCAGGGGACCGCAGCCGUCAUUUCAACCUCAAUGUCCUGGUUUCUCCUACCAUUGCUGGGUCGGGUCCUGACGGUUCUGCAGAGGAGGUGACAGUAACCCUGAGCAGCCCUACCUCCCUGGUGUGUGAAGUCCAGUCUUACCCUCCUGCCUUGAUCACCUGGCUCAAAGACGGCACUCCGUUUGAGUCCAGCCGCAACGUCCGAGUCCUUCCAGGUGGGCGAACCCUGCAGAUCCUCAAUGCUAAAAAAGAGGAUGCUGGGAGGUAUACCUGUGUGGCCACUAAUGAGGCUGGAGAGACACUGAAGCACUAUGAGGUCAAAGUUUACGUUCCCCCACAAAUCAAUAAGAAUGAUAUCCCAGGGGAAGGACUGGCCCCCAAAGAGGUCAAGAUUAAGGUCAACAGCACACUGACUUUGGAGUGUGCAGCUCAGGCCUUUCCUACCCCAGCACUGCAGUGGUACAAGGAUGGACAGAUCCUGCGGGCAGAUGACCACGUGUCUAUCACAGCUAAUGGUCGCAUCAUACAGAUCAAACAUGCUCAGGUGUCAGACACCGGCCGAUACACCUGCGUAGCCACUAACAUAGCUGGAGAGGAUGAGAAGGACUUUGAUGUAAAUAUACAAGUUCCACCUAAUUUCAACAGACCUGGUGGAGUUGGUGACACGUCUCCCCCAGGCUUCGGAGGAGAUGUUCGUGAUGUGAUACUCAAUAAUCCCAUCUCUCUGUACUGUGAGACCAAUGCUGUCCCCCCUCCAACACUCACCUGGUACAAAGAUGGACAGCCACUGGCCUCCAAUGACAAAGUUCUGAUCCUUCCAGGGGGGCGAGUGUUACAGAUUCCCAGGGCCCAGGCUGAGGACACAGGCAGAUACACAUGUGUGGCUGUCAACGAAGCAGGAGAGGACUCCAUUCAGUAUGAUGUCAGAGUAUUAUUGCCCCCGAUCAUACGGGGAUCAGACAACGACUUGCCUGAUGAGGUAACAGUCCUGGUCAAUAAAACUACACAACUGGAAUGUCACGUGGAUGGAAACCCCGCACCCAAGAUUACCUGGUUUAAGGACAACCAGCCAAUCAACUCUGAUGGUCCACACAGAAUCCUGUCCAAUGGUAGAACACUUCAGGUGUUGACGGCUCAAGUACCUGAUACAGGACGCUAUGUGUGUGUGGCUGACAAUGUAGCUGGAAGUGCAGAAAAAUCCUUUAAUCUUAAUGUUCAUGUGCCUCCUGUGAUUAUAGGCCUGAGUCCUGAGAAUGUGACAGUGGUGGUGAACAACUUUGUGUCUCUGUCUUGUGAGGCUAUUGGCUUCCCCCCGCCCACCUUGAGCUGGCUAAAUGACAAGGGCCCCAUUCAGGCCAACACCAAUGCACUCAUCCUGCCAGGCGGUCGUACUUUACAGAUCCUUAAAGCAAAAGUAUCUGAUGGUGGAAAGUACAGCUGUGUGGCCAUGAACGCAGCAGGAGAAGCUUACAAACACAUCUACCUCACAGUUUUCGUUCCUCCCAGUAUCCGAGACAGUAGUGGGGACUCUCCUGUGGUUGUGAAUGUGCUGGUUGGAAGAUCAGUAACUCUGGAGUGUGAGUCCAACGCUGUACCUCCUCCCACCAUCACCUGGUACAAGAAUGGCAGGAUGGUGACAGAAUCAGACAACCUGCGCAUCCUGGCAGAGGGGCAGAUGCUGGAGAUCAAAGGCUCAGAGGUGUCUGAUACUGGACAAUAUGUAUGUAAGGCCACCAAUGUUGCUGGUCAGGUGGACAAGAACUUCCACUUGAAUAUUUAUGUACCUCCCAGUAUUGAUGGACCAGCAGAGGAGAGAGUUGUGGAAACCAUCAGUAACCCAGUCACCUUUGCCUGUGAUGCUACUGGAAUCCCUCCUCCGAGCCUCACUUGGCUGAAGAAUGGACGACCUAUAGAGAACUCAGAGUCUCUGGAGAUGCACAUCUUUUCAGGAGGCAGCAAGCUUCAGAUUGCACGGUCACAGCUUUCUGACAGUGGCACUUACACAUGUUUGGCUUCCAAUGUGGAAGGCAAAGCACGCAAGAGCUACCACCUCACCAUACAAGUCCCUCCUAGUAUCUCUGGAUCAGAGAUGCCCAGUGAGAUAGGUGUCCUGCUAAAUGAAAGCCUACAGCUGGUCUGUCGUGUCCAGGGAACCCCGACUCCAACCAUCCAAUGGCUGAAGGAUGGGGAAGUCAUAACCAAUACGGGGAGCACAGGAAUCAGUCCAGAUGGCAGCACACUCUCUGUGACUAGAGCUCACACCACAGACAGCGGCAAAUACACCUGUGUAGCCACCAACAGUGCAGGAGAGGAAGACAGGAUAUUCAAUCUAAAUGUCUAUGUGCCUCCUGUGAUUGAGGGCAAAGGUGAGACAGUUGAGGAGUUGAUCACAGUCCUGGACAACUCUGUCAACAUUGAGUGUGUUGCUGCUGGCUCUCCUCCACCGCAGCUUAACUGGCUGAGAAAUGGCCUGCCUCUGCCAGUGUUUUCCCACAUACGACUCCUCUCUGCCGGACAGGUGCUCCGGAUCACACGCACCCAGGUGUCCGAUGGUGGCACCUACACCUGCGUGGCAUCAAACAGGGCAGGAGUGGACAACAGACAUUAUAACCUGCAGGUGUACGUCCCUCCUGGUCUGGAUGGAGCAGGGAGCACAGAGGAUGUGACUGUAGUAAAAGGAAACUUGGCUUCUCUGCUCUGUAUUGCUGAUGGGACCCCGACUCCUACUAUGUCCUGGCUCAGGGAGGGGCUGAGUCUAAUUCCUGACCCCCACCUCAGAUUCCUCAACCUGAACACCACUCUACAGAUCACCCGGGCCCAGGUCAAUGAUACAGGACGCUACACUUGCGUAGCUAACAACACCGCUGGUCAAGCCAGUCGUCACUUCAACCUGAAAGUGCUGGACCCUCCACGCAUCAAAGGCUCUGGUGUACCAGCAGAAGUAUCUGUGGUGGUGAAUAUUGUACUGGAGCUCCAGUGUGAAGCUUCAGGUAUCCCUACACCCUCCCUGACCUGGUUGAAGGAUGGACGCCCUCUCCCCCAAACAGACAGCCUGCGCCUCCUCCGCGGAGGAGAGGUGCUCCGUGUGGCCUCGGCACAGUUGGAGGACACAGGCAGAUACAGCUGCUUAGCCAACAGUCCAGCAGGAGAUGAUGACAAGGAGUUCCUGGUUCGAGUGCAUGUUCCCCCUAACAUUGCGGGGGAGAGCACACCUCAGGAUGUUUCAGUGCUGCAGAACAGACAGGUGACUCUGGAGUGCAAAUCUGAUGCUGUUCCACCUCCGACUCUGACCUGGCUCAAAGAUGGUCAGCCACUGAAGGCCUCUGCCCGUGUGCGUAUUCUGUCCGGUGGCCGCUACUUACAGAUCAACAUGGCUGAGCUCAGCGACAGAGCUCAGUAUACUUGUGUAGCCAGCAACGUCGCUGGAAAAACCACCCGAGAGUUCAACCUGGCUGUCAAUGUGGCCCCAACUAUCCAGGAUGGCUCCCAGACAGUCUCAGUCCACAUCAACAAGCCAGUAGUGCUUGAAUGUAUCGUAAGUGGAGUGCCUCCUCCUCGUGUAACCUGGAGGAAACAUGGUGCCAUAUUGGCAGGAAACAACCCCAGGUACACGUUUGUAGAGGAUGGGUCAUUACACAUCCAGUCUGCUCAGGUGACCGACACAGGUCGCUAUCUCUGUAUGGCAACAAAUCAAGCUGGGACGCAACGCAAGAAAGUGGAUCUGCAAGUAUAUGUUUCUCCCUCCAUCGCUCAUGGCCGAACCAACGUGACAGUUACAGUCAAUGUUCAGACUACCCUGUCCUGUGAGGCCACUGGCAUACCCAAGCCCACGGUCCGCUGGAUGAAAAACGGUCGAACCAUCAAUACUGACCAGAACCAGAAUAUGUACAGAUUACUAUCAUCAGGCUCCGUGGUAGUUAUAGCGCCCACAGUUGAGGACACAGCAGUGUAUGAGUGUGUUGCCUCUAAUGAGGCGGGGGUAGACUCCAAAUCCAUUAACCUCACUGUUCAUGUUCCUCCAUCUAUAGCAGAUGAACCCACAGAGCUAGUUGUAACCAGACAGUCCCCAUUUGUCAUUGCCUGUACUGCAUCUGGCGUCCCAGAGCCCACAAUCCACUGGAACAAAGAUGGCAUGAAGCUGCCCAAUCAGGGACAAGGAUUCACCGUCCUGUCUGCAGGUGCAGUAGAGAUCACUUCAGCUGAGCUCAGUCAUGCAGGACUAUACAUAUGCACGGCCAAGAAUGCUGCAGGCUCCACCCAGCGUCGUGUGCAGCUCACAGUGCAAGAGCUCCCAGUGAUCCAGUUCCACCCGGCCACCUUGGAUGUGAUCCUCAAUAAUCCCAUUACGCUGCCUUGCAGGGCCACAGGCUCACCCAGGCCUACUAUCACCUGGCAGAAAGAGGGCAUCAAUAUACCCACUACAGGUAAUCAUCCUGUGUUACUGCCUAAUGGAAGUCUGCAGAUCUCUAAGGCUUCUGUGUCGGACUCUGGUACAUACAUAUGUGUGGCUCAAAAUCCUGCUGGCACUGCUCUGGGCAAGACCAAACUCAGAGUACAAGUCCCUCCAGUGAUCAGCUCAGAGACUCAAGAGUACCUGGCACCUGUGGACUCCUCUGUGACGCUGCAGUGCCAAGCUGACGGCUCCCCUUCCCCUUCUGUCACAUGGCAUAAAGACGGGCAGCCGUUGAGUGAAUCUGUGCGCCAGCGUGUGCUCAGUUCAGGUUCCCUACAGAUCGCCUUCAUCCAGCCAAGUGAUACUGGACGAUACACUUGCAUUGCUGCCAAUGUGGCGGGCACUGUCAGCCUGGAGAUGAGCCUUACUGUACAGAUCCCUCCCUCAAUACGUGGCACAGAGCAGGAUGUAGCAGUGGUGGAAAACAGUCAGGCCCAGCUGGUGUGUGUGGCAGACGGGGUCCCUCAACCAACCCUGUCCUGGGAGAAGGAUGGUAAUCAUCUCAGUGAAAGCUCAGGGGAGUACACCAUCCUGCCCUCUGGGGAGCUGGUUAUUGAUAUUGCUCAGCUGGAUGAUGCAGGCAGUUACACUUGUGUUGCCAUUAAUGCAGUCGGGCAGGACAGUCAGACAGUGGCGCUGACUGUUUAUACGCACCCUGUCUUCACUGAGCUGCUUGGAGAUGUGGCCCUCAACAAGGGUGAGCGCCUCUUGCUGACCUGUGGGGUCAGUGGCAUCCCCCCACCCAAGAUCACAUGGGCCUUCAACAACAACAUCAUCCCAGUGCACUACGAUCAUAUGAACGGCCACAGUGAGCUGGUAAUAGAGAGAGUCAGUAAAGACGAUUCUGGCACCUACACCUGUGUGGCAGAGAACAGCGUAGGAACCAUCAAGUCACUGGGCUUUGUUUAUGUGAAAGAGCCUCCUAUCAUUGAUGGGGACCUCCACUCCAACCGUAUUGAACCUCUGGGUGGCAAUGCCAUUCUGAAUUGUGAGGUGCGGGGAGACCCCCUGCCCACCAUCCAGUGGAUCAAAAGUGGAAUAAACAUCCACAUCAGCAACCGCAUCCGUCAACUGGACAACGGCUCUCUGGCUAUUUAUGGCACAGUGAGUGAAGAUGCAGGCAACUACAUGUGUGUGGCAACAAACGAUGCUGGGGUGGUGGAAAGAAGUGUCACACUUACCUUGCAGAGUGCACCCUCCAUCAUAAUAGAGCCAGUGAAUACAGUGGUGGAUGCCGGCACCACAGUAGUGCUCAACUGCCAGGCGGAGGGGGAACCUACUCCUGUCAUAGAGUGGUCCCGCCAAGGACGCCCUCUGCUGGGCAACAACCACUUCUCAACCUUGUCAAACAGCUCCCUCAGGGUCAGCAGUGCCCAAAAGGAAGACACAGCUGAAUAUGAAUGUGUGGCCAGAAACCUGCUCGGAUCCGUGCUGGUCAGAGUAACUCUCACUGUACGAGUUCAUGGGGGAUACUCAGAGUGGGCGGAGUGGGGUCCUUGCAGUGUGUCCUGUGGUGUUGGUUCCCAGAAGAAGCUGAGGCAGUGUAACAAUCCUCUACCUGCCAAUGGAGGGCACCACUGUGUAGGAUCAGACAUAGAGACGCGCAAUUGUUGGGGAAAGCCUUGUCCAGUGGAUGGUAACUGGUCAGAGUGGUCUCUCUGGGAAGAAUGUUCACAUACCUGCGGUCAGGGAAACAGAACCAGGGUCCGGACCUGCAGUAAUCCUCCAGCUCAGCAUGGAGGCAGGCCGUGUGAGGGGAAGGCAGUCGAGGUCAUCAUGUGUAGUGUCCGACCUUGUCCAGUGGAAGGUAACUGGGGAUCUUGGCUACCAUGGACCCCAUGCAGUGAGACCUGUGGUAAGGGUAUGCAGUCCAGAAUCCGGCUGUGCAACAACCCCCCUCCAGCAUUUGAUGGGCCGCAGUGUGAGGGCACAGACACCCAAAUACAAGUUUGCAAGGAGAGACCUUGUCCUGUGGAUGGAAAGUGGUCAUCAUGGGUGAGCUGGGGAGCCUGCAGCGUUUCCUGUGGAGGUGGGACAAGACAGAGGACACGCCUCUGUGCGAGUCCCAGUCCACAGCAUGGUGGCAGGCAGUGUGAAGGCAACGACGUGCACAUUGAUUUCUGUAACAGUGACCCCUGCCCCAGUGACGGGAACUGGGGUCCAUGGAGUAGCUGGGGCAGCUGCAGCAAGUCAUGUAACGGAGGUCAGAUGAGACGUUACAGGACGUGUGACAACCCCAGACCUGCCAAUGGUGGGAGACAAUGUGCGGGUACAGAUACACAGAUACAGAGAUGCAGCACAGCCAAUUGUCCAGUUGAGGGUAAUUGGGGAUCAUGGCAGCCAUGGGGAGACUGCUCUGCUUCCUGUGGGGGUGGACAGAGGACACGUGUCCGACUCUGUAAUAGCCCGUCUCCUAGUAGCGGUGGCCGGCCGUGUCCAGGUGACACCUCCCAGCUGUCCAGGUGUAACUCUCAAGCCUGCCCAGGUGGACCACAGAAGGCACGAGGUACCAUCAUUGGGAACAUCAAUGAUAUGGAUUUUGGCAUCGCCAUACUCAAUGCCACCAUUACUGACAGCAAGUCUGGCACCAAAGUCAUCAAGGCUUUUAUUAGUAACGUACCAAGGACAUUAGGCCCUGCAAUGAGGAAGCUCAUUUCCAUCCUGAACCCCAUCUACUGGACCACGGCACAGGAAGUAGGAGAGGCAGUAAACGGAUACACGUUAACAGGAGGCAUCUUCAGGCGAGAGACACAGGUGGAGUUUGCCACAGGUGAGAUCUUGAGGAUGACCCACAUCGCCAGGGGCUUGGACUCAGAUGGAGCGUUGUUAUUAGACAUUGUAGUGAACGGACACAUCCUGCAGCUGCCCUCACAUUCUGACCUCAGCAUCAAGGACUACACAGAGGACUACAUCCAGACAGGCCCAGGCCAGCUGUAUGCUUUGUCCACUCGCAUGUUCACCAUCGACAGGGAGAGUGUGCCCUACUCCUGGAACCACACAAUCUCCUACGACCUGUCCAAGGGCAAGAUGCCAUACCUGGUAGAGAUGCUGCAUGCCACAGCCAUCAGUGCUCAAUACCACCCCCUGGAGGAGGUGUUGGAGUAUAGCAUCCAAGCUAGUAUUUCUAAGGGUGAUCGCAGUAACCAGUGUCCUCGCGGCUUCACUUUGGUGUCUGCUGGGCCCUACUGUGCAGAUGAGAAUGAGUGUGAAGUUGGGAACCCCUGUUCUCAUGCCUGUCACAACGCCAUGGGCACCUACUACUGCUCUUGUCCCCGAGGCCUUACUAUCUCAGCUGACGGCAGGACCUGUCAGGACAUUGAUGAGUGUUCACUCGGUGGGAACGUGUGCCGUGAUGGACAGGACUGUGAGAACACUAUUGGCUCAUACCGAUGUGUUAUGCGGUGUGGCCGCGGCUUCAGGAGAACAGUUGAUGGUCACAGUUGCACAGAUGUAAACGAGUGUCAGGAGUCCAAUCCAUGCAAUCAACACUGUCUCAACACUAUUGGUAGUUAUCGCUGUGCCUGUGAGCCGGGCUUUCAACUCAGAAACCGACGCUGUAUAGAUAUAAAUGAGUGCAGACAGCGGGUUUGUCGAUCAGAUCAGCAGUGUAAAAAUACCCGUGGAGGUUACACCUGUAUUGACCUGUGCCCCAAUGGUAUGACCAAAGGUGCCAAUGGGACAUGUGUAGAUAUCGAUGAGUGCAGAGAUGGCACCCAUCAGUGCAGAUACAACCAGAUCUGUGAGAAUACCAGAGGCAGCUACCACUGCACCUGCCCACGUGGCUACCGAUCUCAGGGAGUGGGACGUCCCUGUGUUGAUAUAAAUGAGUGUGAGCGGGUCCCUCAGCCCUGUGCCCACCAGUGUGUCAACAGUCCUGGCAGCUUCAAGUGCACCUGCCCGCCGGGGCACCACCUGCUGGGCGAUGGCAAAUCCUGCGCUGGGCUGGAGCGGUUGCCCAGUUAUGAGAGUUACUCAUACGGCUACCGAACAUCACAGUCCUCUCCUCAGCGCAACUACCAGCGCCUCUACCACAACUUAGCCUCUCAGAGCUACAACUCCUUCACCGGCACUACACGAGUGCGCAACAGGAGCCGUAGCCGCAGAGAGGCCCGCUUACAUUCUUCACAGCGGGGCUUCCCCACUUGUCAGGAGGGGUUUGUGUCCAGGGGUGGCCGCUGCUUAGAUAUCAAUGAGUGUGAGGUGAGGGAUGCCUGUCAACAUGAGUGUAUGAACACACCAGGGAGCCACAGGUGUCUCUGUCCUGCUGGUUACCGCCUCAUGGCCAACGGCAAGACCUGCCAAGAUAUAGACGAGUGCCUGGAACAGAACAUCCAGUGUGGAGCCAACCGAAUGUGCUUCAACAUGAGAGGAAGUUACCAGUGCAUUGACACACCAUGUCCACCGAACUACCAGAGAGACCCGGCCACAGGGUUCUGCCUAAAAAACUGCCCACCAAAUGACCUGGAGUGUGCACUGAGCCCUUACGCCUUGGAGUACAAGCUGCUGUCUCUUCCCUUUGGCAUCGCAGCCAACCAGGACCUCAUCAGGCUGGUGGCCUACACACAGGACGGAGUGAUGCACCCUAGAACCAGCUUCCUAGUGGUGGACGAGGACGUCACGUUACCUUUUGCCCUGAGAGAUGAGAACCUGAAGGGAGUGCUGUUCACAACACAGGCGCUACGAGAGCCCCGCACAUACCGCAUGAAGGUCCGAGCCCUCUCCUACAGUGAAGACGGAGGCAUUGAGUAUCAGACUACCUUCAUCGUUUACAUCGCUGUCUCUGCCUACCCCUACUGAGAGCACUUUAAAUGACAUGAGACAGAAGGUGCAGGGAUAAUUUGUGUCCUCCACAGGUGGCACCAAUGAGAUCAAUGAUUGAGUGGGUGUGGUUUGGAAAAGCAGCCGCAUCAGUAAAUAGACUGAAAAAAAAAGACUUGUUCAGAGUGUGUGAGAGAGGCCAGUGAGUGCUUACAGCACUAGAGACAGAAGUAAGUUGAUUUAAAGCGGAUGCAGCACAGGCCACUGGGAAACCUGACAGAAAAACUGGCUAUUUAUUGGCUAAAAUUCCUGGAAUCUUUACUUCAGUUUGUCAGGACUCUUGUUAUUCAAAUGUUUGAUAUUUUGUCUUGUCAUUUUCCCCGUCCUAUCAGAUUUAUUUAUAUCAGCAAGAUUUGACUCCUUAAGCUGAAACCUCCACUGAAGACUCAGAAAGUAGGCUUCAACCUAACUCUUACCAACACUAAAACAAAUCUUAGCUAGUCGUUUAUUUACAUCUACCUAUUUUUAACUUAUUGGGAAGUGCUUGAACGUGGAAAAUGGGCAAUUCCCACCUUUUGUUUAGCCCUCGUGUAAUAGGUCACCGAAGUAGAGUUGUGACUGUGCAGAUAUGGCGCUCCUUUUGGCGUUAGAAAACUUGACUGUCACAUAUACAUCCUCAGGUAGUGGCCCAUCAUAUCCACACGUGCAUCAGAUUGAAACCCUGGAUGUUGCUACACUGAUUACAUCAUCAAUGUGCCAUAACGCUCCAUCCAAUAGUUGAUACCAAGAUGUAU